AUGUGGCGGGGCAUCGCGGGGCUCCAGAUGGCCGCGGGGCGCCUGUGGUGCGCGGUGGCCGUGCUUUUGUUUGUCGCGGGGAUGAUUCCAGAGGUUUCUGCCUCGCAGCCGAUGUACGAGGACCAGGCCGGGCUGCACGACUGGCACCGCGAGAACCUCGGCAUCGUGAACCGCGUCCAGAUCGCCGGGCAGCACUCCGUGCUCAGCGCGGAGGGGGGUGUCCUCGCAGCCGUGCCCAACGUCCCCGCGGCGGGCGGGCGGCUCGCGUGGCGCGUCGUCAUGUCCGAGCCGGACGACCUGGGCGCCUGGGCCGCGCUCGACUCCGGCUCCGUCUUCGUCGUGUCGCGCGACGGCACCCGAGCGAAGGCCUUCGCUGUGGAAUCGGGCAGCAUGAUGUGGGAAACCACGCUUGCUAUUUCCGGCACCGCAUCGGAGGCGCAGCCCGCGGUGCAGUGCACCGCUGCCCCGUCUCUGCGCGCGCUCCCCGGCGACCUCCCCGCGGCGAGCGACGCCGUCGUCGUCCUCACCUGCAACGGGCUGCUUGUCGUGCACGCGUCCGACGGCGCGGUGGCGGGCAGCGUGCCGAUGUCGGGGCUCGCGGCCGGGAUGGACCGAGCCGAGGUGACGGCACUGCAGAUCGGCGACGUGGAGAACGGCGCCGUGCGGCUCCUGGUCGCGGGCCCGUGGGGCGCUGCACUGGCCAACGUGGAGGUCGCGACCGCCAGGGUGGCCGGGGCGCGCGUCCUGAGCGCGGAGGAGGGCGGCGUGAAGCUGGACACGUCGCUGUCGUCGAUCGCGCUGUCCGGCUCCGACGUGCUGGCGCUCAGCGAGGACGGCAUGCAGGUAUGGUCUCUGCUGAGCUCAAACGCCACGACCCUGGACGACCUGAGCGAUCAGCGGCUGUCGACCUGCACCAGCCCCGAGGUGCGCGGCCUCGGCGAGGGCCUCUUCUCGCUGCAGUGCGCGAUGGCGGAGGGGUACAUCGCGUUCGUCGUCCGCACGAGCACCAACGAGACGCGUUCCUGGCAACCAGUGAAAGACAAUCUCGAGCUCGCCGAAUUAGAGCUGGAGCGCCAGACGCGCCUCGCGAGCCUCAGCAAGCUCGAGCGCAAGGUCGAGGACGUCAAGAGCGGGCUCAUGAGCUUCGCGGACCUCCCGAGCAAGCUGCGGGCGAAGAGUGCUGCCGCACGCGAGGCGGCCAAGCGGUGGCCCGAGGCGCUGCACUCCGUGUCGCGGGGGCUCUUCUCGGACGCGUUCCGCUUCGGGGACCGCGUGUUCGUGACGAUCGUCGACGUGGGGCCCGCGAACGGGGGGUCUUUCGCGUCGACCGUCAUCGAGACCAACGCGGGCCGCGUCAUGGCGGGGGAGUCCGUCGACGGCCCGGAGGCCGGCGCGUGCUGGGCGGCGCCGCUGUCGUUCCGGCAGGCGCGACCAGACCGGAAGGUCGUGUUCGACCAGGACCCCGAGAAGUUCGAGAAGAUGACUGCGGAGGAGAAGAAGAGCAUCGUGAGGCGUGAGAUGGAGAAGGAGCGCCUCUACCGGGAGAGUCAGCGCAAGCUGCUGUACACGUGUGCCGACGCCGUCCGCGCCGUCGCGACGGUCGUCCGCGAGGCCGAGGGCAACCAGAUCGCGCUCAGCUACGUCGCCGUCCUCGACGACGGCACCGUGUCCGCCUACCACGGCCGGAGGUUCUCCCCGCGCGCCUACGGCGCCAACGUGCAGCUUGGCAACGUGAUGACGGUGUGGACGCGGCCGGACUUCCUCGGCGCGGCGAACGUCGCCGCGGUCGCGGACCUCCCGCCGAAGAUGUCGUUCUUCUUCGUGGACUCCCGCACCGCGAAGCCGCUGAAGCCGGCGGAGCGAUUCGCCAUGGCGGUGGCGUCGGCGAAAGUGACGGCGGGCCUCGGGACGCCGCGCGAUGUGCAGAUGCUCGCGGCGCUGCGCAGCCGGGCGUCCGACGCGUGGCUGCCCACCGCGGACGAGCGCGGCAUGCGCCGGCAGCUCAUCCUCGGCCUCUCGAACGGCGACGUGGUGUCGUUGCACAGCGGGGACGGCAGGAUCUUGUGGCGCGCGGUGCUGCACCACCAGCGGUGCGCGGUGCGCGACAUGGGCCCGGCGAAGGAGUCGCACAGCUUCGAGCAGAGCGCGCAGGUGUGGGUGCUCCGCGACUGCGAGGGGGGGGUGUCGCGCCUGAGCUUCAUCGACACCUUCUCGGGGCGCGUCACCGAGACGCACACCCUGACGUUCGUGCCGGAGAAGGUCUUCACGCUGCGGAACAUGCACCGCGGGAGCGACUACGAGAUCCACGGCGUGGUGUUGCUGCGGCCUGGCGACGCCACCGCAAGCGCGGACACCAUCACUGCGCACGUGUUCCCGCGGCACCGCGGCGUCCUGAAGAGCAUGCGCGAGAUGGUCGCGAACGGCACGCUGUACACCUGGCUGCCCUCCGAGCGCGGCCUGACGGGGUACCUGCUGUCAGGCCACGUCGACGGACCCAAGUCGGGGGUGUAUUCCGCCACGUCAGUCUGGCACGUGGCCACCGCGGGGCGGCCGCUCGCGGCGGUGGCGCGCGACCGCACCGAGCCGAUCUACUCCGGCAGCCGCCCCUCCAUCUCCGGGGCCCUCUCCUUCAAAUACACCAACCCCAACACCGCCGUGGUUGUGUCAAACGACGACUCCGUCGCCGACGGCGCCGCCCCCGGGCUGCUCGUCCAGGCCGUCGACACCGUGACGGGCCGCGUGCUCUUCUCGCAGCAGCACGCGGGCGCCACCGGCCCCGUGCAGGCCUUGUUCGGCGAGCAUUGGGUGGUCUACCAUUACUGGUCUACUGCCAACGGCCGCUCCGAGGUCGCGGUCGUGGACUUCGUGGACGGGUCGAAGGCCGCGCCCCGAGGCCUCUCCGGGCUGCUCUCUGCGCUGUUCGGCAAGCAGGACGCCGAGCCGGUGUCGUCCCUGGACGGCGUGCCCGUGCGCGCGCGCUCGCAGACCUACUUCCCCCCGCACCACGCCGUCGCGCUGGCGCCGACGCGAACCUCGAUGGGCGUCGCGAACAAGCAGGUCCUGAUGGGCACGGCCGCGGGGCAGGUCUACGCCUUUGACCGCAAGCUCCUCGAUCCCCGCCGCCCGGUCCUGCAGUCUAUAGGCCGUUCGCAGGCGGAUAUCAAGAAGGAGAUCGCCGCGGUGCGGCAGGCGGGGAUGCUGCCGUACCAGGAGGCGCUGCCGGCGCCGUCGAUGAGCUGCCUGACGCACAAGCACCGCGUCGCGGGCCUGCGCGGCAUCGUGGCGGCCGCGACGCAGCUGGAGUCGACGUCUGUGGUGUUCGUGUACGGGCUGGAUCUGUUCGCGCGGCGCCACCUGCCGGCGGGGCAGUUCGACGCGCUGGCGGACGACUUCGCGGUGGCCGCGGUCGUCGUGUCGCUGCUCGCCAUGGUGAUUCUGGCCACUGUGUUGGUGCGCGUUGGGAAACAAAAGGACCUGGCGAAGAAGUGGGCUUGA